GUGUGUCGUGUGUCUGUGUGGAGACCCUAGGCCCCAACUGUGUCCCAGGUCAGCCAGUGGAUCUUGUGCAGGGUGCAAUGGGUAACUCCAGCAGCAGCACGGUAGAUGACAUGCAGGCAGUGGAGCUGCACCACUGGUACAAGAAGUUCAUGAUGGAGUGCCCAUCCGGCCAGCUCACCCUGCACGAGUUCAAGCAGUUCUUUGGACUGAGAGGACUGGACCCCGAGGCCAAUGCCUACAUUGAGCAAAUGUUUCGCACCUUUGACAUGAACAAGGACGGAUACAUUGACUUUAUGGAGUACAUAGCAGCUCUCAGUCUGGUGUUACGUGGCAAGAUGGAGCAGAAGUUGCGCUGGUACUUCAAGCUAUAUGAUGUGGACGGAAACGGCUGCAUUGACCGACAUGAGCUGUUGAACAUCAUAAAGGCUAUUCAAGCCAUUAAUGGAACAGAGCAGCAGGUGCCAGUGGAGGAAUUCACAAAUCGUGUAUUUGACAAGAUUGACGUUAAUGGAGACGGUGAGCUGUCUCUAGAAGAGUUUGUGGAAGGAGCCCGUAAGGAUGACGAGUUCAUGGAGGUGAUGAUGAAGAGUCUGGACCUAGCACACAUCGCAGCUGUCAUCCACAGUCGGCGACACAGUGUGUAGAAGACCACCCAGAAGCAGUUUGCCACCAGGACUGCUAAAAUUUAACCUUGAACCCCUUGCACUUGCUUUGAUACCAUCACGUACCGCAUGCAUAGCAUUUGUACCACAGUAGGGGACCUACGUAAAACCAACAGACAGAUGGCUGGGACGCAGAUAUCCUUCACCUUGUGGCCACCAAGUACAGCCUCAACUGGCUUCUAAAGGCUAAAAAAUAAUGAAAAAAUUGAAGUAAAGGCAUGUCAUCCUAAUGAGUUUACAGGAACAGAAAGUUAGCUUUGUAUAGUAAAUGUUGAUGAUGUUUACUGUAAAAGUCGCUAUAUGAAGUAAAGACCAACUAAUUGAGGUAAUAUCAUGUACAUCUUGAAUGCAGGCAGAUAUUCUAUUCUUCAGAGUUCCAGGAUGCAAAAAACUCCCUCCUGAUAAAGUAAGUGAAGUACUGUCACAAGCGAAGACAUGAGGACCCAGGAGCAGACCAGCAACCCUGACAAGGAGCAUGCAAUUCAGUUUACAGAUCCAGAAGUCCUGGUUGGAUGGAGAUCUCUCUCUUUAUGCUGCCUUUGAAAUUGGUUGUCCAUCCUGAUGCUGGAAGCACAAAGUAUAACUGUGUUGAAGAACUCCUUUACUCCUCUAUAAGGUACUUAGCAGGAUGAUUAGAUCAGCAUUCAGGAACUCGAGGUCAUGACCUAGAAGGGACAGCUUAGUGCAAUGAGCAGCUUACAGUUACAGAAAACAGCCACCUUCUGCAAGUCAGGACUGAGUGAGAAAGCUCCAUCCGCCUUCAAUAAACUGCAAAGUAUCUCUGAAAUACCGGGCUGAGCUGUAAAUAUGUAAAUAAGUGCAGCAAUGGGUGUCAACCCUGGCUUCUCCAUCCUUGUCACACACAACUGUGUUUGUACAAUAAACAAGCCACUGGGCGUA